GUGCGUUUUGCGACUUUUGCUUUCGCGAGUUAAAUUCGAGCACUUAGUAGACUUAGAACCUACUGAACGUUGAGCUAUGUAGCUGUCAAAUACGUUAGUGCACGUUGACGCAUUUUGCUUUAUUGUGUAACUAUGGGCUACCUUCCUACCAGUGCAGUGCAAUGCGAAAGACACCGCUGAGUUGCCUACGCGAAGCACAACUUUGAAGCAUUGCAGGUGUUCGAAGAACAAUAUGACCUGUCAUGUAGGGCGCACGCGGGCUAUGUGGGCAGAUUUGCCUGACCCAGUAAUAAUGUAAUGUCCACAACACAGGAAUCUGCUUUGCGAAUCAUCCACCUUACGAAACCGUAGCACAAUGACUAGUGAAGUUGCAGCGCUACCCUGGUACUGUAACCUGUGGAUCUUGUGUCAGACUUUAGUGGAAUGUGGCUCAAAGACACCCAGAGGGAACCUGUGGAGCCGAAAGAAUGGCUGGUCUCUACCGCUAAACCCUCUCCAGCUGCUAGCAUGGUUUUUUCUUACCUAUUUUUUGGUGUUUUACUUCGCCGUUCUUGUCCCCCACUGUCCACCUGGAGCGUGGCAAAUCACCUUAUAUGUCCUGAAUACCAUUCUCGCUACUGUGCACAUAGCCUCCCAUAUCUGCAGUACCAGCAUCGAUCCAGCAGACCGCAACGUUCUUAACAAAAACAUCAAAGGCCCUCUACCUGUCUUUGACCGUAGCAAGCAUGCUCAUGUGAUUGAAAACCAGUUCUGUUACAUAUGUGAAGUCAAAGUUGGCUGCAAAGCAAAACACUGCAGUAGCUGCAAUAAAUGUGUAGCGACAUUUGACCAUCACUGCAAAUGGCUGAACAACUGUGUUGGUGGAAAAAAUUACAGGUACUUCGCUGUAUGCAUUGCCACUGCCCUAGCUGCCUCAUUGUUGAUAUUUUGUGUUUCGGUAGCACUUAUUGUGGCUUACCUCGUAAAAGACAGCUGGCUCCACCUGUCGGUUUUGGAAAACAACUCUACCGUUGCCUAUCCAGGAAAUGUGCCAUUGAAAGACCCGAUGUUUGCAGUGAUAGUGCCAGUUGAUGCUGUUGUUUGGCUGGCUGCCGUGGUAGUAUGUGCUGUGCUGUCAUUCUUCGCAAUCGGUCUACUCAGCCACCUCUCCGGUUUCCACCUGUUUCUUGCUUUCCGAGGGCUGUCUACUUAUGAUUACAUUGUUCAGAAGCGAGAUUCAUCAUAUCAUAUGGCUGCCACUGACAAAACUAAAGAUUUGUUCUUGCACUGGUGCAAGUCGAAGGCCAACCAAAUUUCACCUGCUCAGCCUGAGAACCAAAGCACGAAGUGCAGAAAGGACAGCACAGUGGGACGGAACAACAAAGCUACUGGAAGAGAUGUAUUCAGAGAUGGCACACAAAUGGAUGAAAAAAGUGCCUCACUUUGUGCUGGAGAUGUUUACGUUGGCAGCCCUACUCGCCAGCAUAUUAUCUUGAGAGAAAUUCAGCGAUCACACUUGAAGGCAAGCCAGGAAGGACUGGGGACAAAACCAACUCAAGUAUUGGACUGCGGAAACCGUUCACCUACUGUGCAGAUAGCCCAGCCAGGUAGUGAGUGCAGCCACAGUCAGAGCGAACAUGUAGGGCUCUGAGCGCAUGCACCACACUGCACUGUUGUUGCUUUAGAGAUGAGAAAGGCAGGGCACAAGAGUUGGACACCCCAGUUUCCAGUUCUGCAUCUGAGCUUCAUGGAGUGCCAACAGGCAUAUCACACUUGUCCCAUUCAGUGUCGCAAACGUUUUUGCAUACAUAUGAAGGUGAAAUUCCAGCAGAUGAGUCUUCAGAGAGUACAAUACCUGCUCUUGGAGGCAGCUUAAGCAACUUACUGUUUCCAAAUGAACCGCCUCUUGCAAAGCCCAGUGACUGGUUGCGUGAAAGGCGAGUAGGAGGGUCCCUCGAUUUAGGUUCCUUGCCUCGCUCAACAGGGCUCUUACCACCCAUCCAGCGGUUGGAAGUAGACGUUUGUACAGCCAUUAAUGAUGCCAUGCUCAAGCAUGUUGCCACUGGCCAAUGUGAUCAAGGAAUAUUUGCUUCUGCUGCUUCAAUGGAAAGUGCAAAGGGCACUUGUUGGGCAGUGAAAACUUUUGCUUCCAGGAAAUGAUGCUUUUGCUUUGGAAUACUAGCGCUACUUAGAUCUGAAUUAGUGACAGAAGUGGUUCCAAGGCUUUACAGUGACACUUGUUCGAUGUGUAACAUUUCCUGUCAUGUACAACAUGAAUAAGUCUUUCCGGUUUCCAAGCUGUUUUUUUAAGUGUAACCAACUGGAAAGUUAACAGAAGCAAUUUAUGGAAGAAGUAAUUUAGUUUGCUGUUGUACAGGAAUUGUUUUGUAUGGUUUGAACACACGGGUAUGAAGAACCUGCAUGCCAUAUACAUAGAGCCUGAAGUUUUCGGGAAAUAUUUUUUUCUAAAUUUGGGGAGUAAAAAUAGGGUAAAUAAACGUAUGCCCUAAAUUCAUGCAAAUUCGGGUGAAAAGACUUCCAGUACGCUAAAUUCAGGAAGAAAUUGGGCUCAGUUACUCAAACUAACAGAACUGUUUCGGUACAAAUGGGGAUGUAACUGUGUUUGCUGCCAUACAAGUUAGUAUGCAUUCAUACAGACGUCUCAGUGAGGGCAAUUUGCUGGGUAAAAAUCGGGUUUCACCCUAAAGAGGCAAUCUUCAAUUCGGGGUGUAAAUUCGGGGAAGCAUCGGGUUAAACCCUAAACCUUCAGGCUCUACGAUGUACAGUGGCUUGUAAAACUUUCCAGCCACAUGAGGGCCGCACUGUUUCUUUCAGCCAUUGACAAUGAAAGACUGCUUUACAUUUAAUUGGACUGCAGCCUGCUAACUAAACAAAUACCUGUUCACACAUUUUUCCAAAAUAUGACCAGGUUUAUAUACAAAAACUUGGGGAAACAAGAAAGAAUGCCCAAAAUAAUCUUGGCCACUCACUUUGUUAAACCUCUAGAAGAACCUGUAGCCUCAAACAUCUAGAAGAAAUGGCUAAUUUCUAACAUCUACUUGUGCUUCUUCGAUGAAUGCAGCUGUUUAUUGCCAUUCCUUUCGCAGCUAUUCUGCCCUGAGAGUGUCGUGGCAUUGCCUCGAACAAUCGACCAAUGCAUUCACUGAAUAUCUAGACCCUCUCAUCUUGCAAAUGUCUAAUUCCGGCUUGUUUUUACGCAAUGGAGGCUUCCACAUUGCUCAAGUUUCUCUUGUAUGUGUUUGUUUGGGUGAAGGUCUGGUGAUCUAGUGGGCCAGCGAGCCACUCUUUGACAAGAUGAGAAACGCGGUUAGGUUCAUUGUCAUGCUGGAAGAUACAUUCUUUUGAGCAUUUCCUCUUCUGCAUACUGCAAUAGAUUGUCAAGAAUUGCUUUGUACAUGAGCCCAUUCCUUUUCCCAGUAAUUUAGGCCAAUGGGCAGAACCCUUGUGCCUCAAAAAUACCUCAGACUAGGACACCACCUCCUCGGUGCUUUACUGUUGGAAACUGGUAUGGCACCAACUAGAAGUCAAGCAUACUGCCCGUCGUCAUUUAAGAACAAGUUGAACUUAGACUUGUCUGAAAUGCAACCUUCCCACAAUUAUUGGGUGUCCUGUUGUGUUCCUGUGUGAAUUCCAAAGAUCUUCUUCACAGCCCCAACUGGUUUCCUUGCCAUGAUUCUGUCCUCUUGGAUUUUUCUUGGCCUGCUGCUUCAUAUCCUGUCUUCAACACCAACUCCAGCUUGAAGUUUAGCAGUUAUAUCAUUCUCUGUUGAUUUUCCUACAUUUAAUAAUGAUUUAAUGUUUCAUGCCCUUCCUUCUUCGAUAACCUUUGCAUGUAAUGGAAUGGUUGUGUAUGGAGCCAUGUUUCCAAUGUGAGACUUGCAGAACAUGCACACUCAACCAGGACGCAGCGUGAAAUUAUUGGCCUGGCCCUAGUGACGGCAAGCUUCCCUAAACUGCACGAAAGAUGCGUGGCUGGAUACUUUUUAACUGUGGUUUUUGAACUUUCAUAGAUAAAAAUGAUUGUUCUCACAAAAAAUGCCUUUUUUUGGUACAUAUUUAAUGAACUGGGUUUUCCAAGUUCAAAAGUAAAAUGGCCUUUUGUUGCAGGUAGCUGGAAUCAAUAAUGCAAAAUCCCCACCUGGCUGGAAACUUUUGCAUGUCACCGUAUACCUAAUGAGUAGUCAUGAAGUUCUUAUUAGAGACAAUUUAUUUUAUUUUGAUAUCACUGUAUUCCAAUAAUCUCUCUCUCUUUCCCUCUCUCUUACUGUAUUCCAUGGUGUCAUUUUAAGUUUCCUUUGGAUUUUUACCUUGUAAAUGAGCAAGCAGUAUUGUUCUAUGUUGAAAAUCUAGUUUUGCCAUACCUAUGGACAGUGGUGGGUCAUCAGUAAAAGUAUUGGGUAUGUGGGGGUCAGGUGGCACAAGGCAGCUUAGAUGGGUUCUUGCAAAAUAGGCAUGAUUUGAAGAGUUAAUGUGUUUUAAAUAAAGAACAAUAAAUAAACGUCACAAGCCCUUCACUUUACGAAAGAAAAGGAUAAGUAUCUUACAUGUGCUACCUAAUGAGUUGCAUCUCUGUGUCUUGUGUUUUGAUGCCUUCUUUUUCUCCUGUUUGUCCCGACACUACAAAUUUGCACAUAACAUCAUGCUCUUGCUUUUUUUCUCUCUCUCUCUCUCUCUAAUAUUUGAGGAAAAUACCUGCCGAAAAGGGUGGAAAGUGGGUGUACACAUUAGUGUAUACACCCGUUUAAGCAAUAUGAAAGGAAAAGCAGUUUUCACACAUGCUGUUCCCAAGAAUGAAGUGCAAUAACCUAUUCAUACCUCUAUGAGGACUGUACCCAGCACCCAUGGAGCCAUGAGCUACCACUGUCUGUAGAGCCCAAACCUUGAAAGGAAUUUAGUAUCCUUCCUCGACAACCUUUGGAUAUACCUUAAUAUCUUAAUAAUAUAAGCUUAUGCCCUGAGGGUACCAAAAUAAAUAAAUAAAUAAAUACCUGUACUUUAAGUCAGUGGUUGUCAACUUCACUGGCAUGGAUGAAAUGUUUGUUACCAGCCAGUGUCUCUGUUGGAAUUAGAAUCUCCCCACCAGCUCUUUCAUGAGCAAAUCAUGGUAUAAUUUGCAAAUUGUGACUUUCAUGAGUAGUGAACUUGGUCUGCAAAGAUAUGCUGAGUGCUUUGUGUUUCGGAAAAAAACAUGGCACGCAGCAAAAUUUUCUGCCUGAUAUGUAUGAUGUUAACGUGGCAAACCCAAGCCUGGAGCCACACUGGUGUCUAGUCAGUGCAGCUAUGUACUACGUUGCUCUUUACUGCACACUACUGUGAAAUUAUUCUUUAAUAUGGUUUACUAAUUGAAAAUUUUUGUGUUGUCUAUAACAGCUAACAAUGAUCCAAGGUGGGAAAAGCAGGCUAUGUAAAAAUGACAUGUCAACAGUACUCUCCGUGCUGUCUUGGAACUCUUAUGUAUAAUACCGAUAUCACUGCUUCAAAGGUGAAGUGCAUGCCAAGAGGCUGAUAAAACAUGGUUUGGUUUAGUGCUGCAUUUAGUUGUGGAGUAGGCAUAACAAAGGCUGAUUGGCCACAUCUGCAAUGAGAUGUCACUUUAGAUUUUGUUCUUUCCAAUCAGUGGAGAUUUGUGGGGCAGUAUUCUGGAUCGAUCAGAUGUGUGCAACUUAGGCAAAAAAAUAGCUUGUCAGAAGCUGUGGCUCAUAGUUGUGACAGGAAAGGAGCCUUGCAGUUGCAUGGACAAAAAUUCACGUAGGUCUGGUUGAGAACCACUGAUUUAAGUUGUCAUAUGUUUGAAAAAAGUAUAAGUGAAACAGCCAUAUGAAAUAUAAAGUUGAUUUGUACUGGUUUUCCUUCUUUUAAGAAGGUCAAAAUUUGGACAAUUUUUCACAACACAUCCUGUGUAUUCAAGCUUUCACAUUAGAGCUCCCAGCUCUUCAUUAAUCUUGCAGUAAUAUUUAGUGUUCUAUUGAGAAUCCUCCUCCUGGUACACUGCCAAGUGCUCUUGUUUUCCUUGACCUGCUGUUGCAUUUGUGAUAAAUGUGAAUGUUUAUUUGCAUGUAUCUGAAAUGGUGACAAGAGGGACUCCGCAUGCUGAGAUGUCUCACUUGCUCAUAUUACUGUUUUUAUUAAUUACAUUUCUAUUUAUUUACUUAAAGACUGCUGUAUUUGGUAGCAAACAGCUGCAUGUCUAAGGCCCAGUUUCAGCAACGUUGGUUAACUUUGAACCGGGAUCAAGGGUUGCUAAAAUUUGAAGUUAACACAAUUCUUUUUUGCAAACUUUAGUUGGUAACAUGAUGAAUGUUUCAGUGACAAUAACUCCCUUUAGUGAAGCAGAGUUAAGCAUUGAAUUCAAGUUAAGGGACCGUUCAUCUCGGUUCAAAUGUUAAUUGGUGUUGGUGAAACCGGGCCUAAGUGUGAUAUUUUUAUUGACAAGUUUAUGAAGGAACUUCAUCUGAACUUUUUUACUUUGAGCUUUAUGUUUACAAAUACAAAUGUUUGUUAGGGAGUAUUUAUAUUCCAAAAGAUGUGUUCAUCUUCAUCUAGACUAGAGUUCAGUGCAGUUAAAUGCAGCUGUAAUUACAGUUACAGUUAUAAUACAAUACAGUUGGUGAUACAAUAUAACUGAGGUAAAGUUGUUUGUUAGCAGCAUGAGAACUUCAUAAGAGUUCAAAACAUGUAAAACAUGUUGUGUAUGUUGUGAGAGAAUUGCAUAGGCAUAUUUAUGAGAACCAUUGCAAAGAAUCUGCUGAAGAUUGUUAAAGUGGAACUCUACUUAAAAUUCCAGCAAUCCUUCCUCUUUGCAAAGUUGUGUUUAUUGUGCUGCCGAUGUUUAGAAUUUUCAAGUGGACUUCCCUGAGAAGGGCAAAAUUACUAUGUAAACAAAACACAAUGUUGAAACUGUAACCUGGCCCAUCACAUGACCACUUUUCCACCAGAGUUGUGACCUCAGCAGAGCACACAGGAGUAUCCCGUUGUAACACUCACCUGAGGUUUUACAUUGUGAGGCAACUGUUCUCGUGUGACAACACAAUAGUUGGUUCAUAGAUAAAUUCUGUCCACCUCA